ACAAGACAAGCACGACCACCUUCUGCCAGAGGUCCGGUAAAAGCUCUACCAUUAAGUGGCGUUGCCGUGCGAGUCAGCUCUAGGAGAACCAAGAACCCUCCUAAGGAAGCACUUGUCGUACAAGACACGCCAAGAGCAAGUACUAGUAGCGCAGGCAUUACAAGAACAUCAGCAACAGGCUCAAGCGUUGCUGAGAAAGAUAUUAAGGGCAGAGGCUCUAACAAUCAGCAAACUCCAGCGACAAGCAAGGCUUCUUCAAAAACGUCAAGUACAACUACACCAGCAGGAAAAGCUAGGAUGAAUAACUCGC